AAUGCAAAAAUUCCUCAAGCUUUCAACACCGCUGGGGCGCAACACUCAUCCAAAGCAGCAGUGGCGAAGCAUCAUCUAGAAGCACGGAGAAGCCGUUUGGCUAUUGUUCAAGUGUUUCUUGGCCUAACGUUGCUGGCCGAUGAUGGCAUGCAUAAGUGGUGGGAGAUGAAAUUGAAUGGACAUGCCGCACCUUCUGAAGGGGGGGAGGAGGUUGAGGACGCGGUCUUAGUCAAGGGGCCAGCGAUCUAA